AUGAAGGUUUAGGUCCCGUCAAAAUUUCCGUCUAAAUGUAAAGUGCGACCGGAAAAUGCAAUCUCGUCAAAACUCCAGUUCCGGGUUGUUGAUGGUCGGCCCGAAUUUCCGGGUCGGGAAGAAAAUCGGAAGUGGAAACUUUGGGGAACUAAGACUUGGAAAAAAUCUUUAUAACAAUGAACAUGUCGCGAUUAAACUUGAACCGAUUAAGACUAAAGCACCGCAGCUGCAUUUGGAGUAUCGGUUUUAUAAAAUUUUGGGACAGCAUGAGGGGAUCCCCAAGGUGUAUCAUUUAGGGACUUGUGGAGGAAGGUAUAAUGCGAUGGUGAUGGAGCUUCUAGGACCCAGUUUGGAAGAUUUGUUCACUUUGUGUAAUAGGAGAUUUCGGCUAAAGACGGUUUUGAUGAUUGCCGACCAGUUGUUGACGAGGAUUGAGUACGUGCACAGCAAAAGGUUGAUUUUUAGGGACAUCAAACCGGAGAAUUUUCUUCUAGGAAGAACCAAGACAAAGAAAGAGAAGGUUAUUCACAUUAUUGACUUUGGAUUGGCUAAGGAAUACAUGGAUGAGUCUACAAAUCGACACAUUCCCUACAGGGAACACAAAUCUUUGACUGGAACCGCCCGCUAUAUGAGCAUUAACACCCAUAUGGGGCGAGAGCAAUCCCGCAGGGACGAUUUGGAAGCCAUGGGUCACAUGUUUAUGUACUUCUUGCGUGGUUCUUUACCCUGGCAAGGUCUCAAAGCCGAUACAUUAAAAGAAAGGUAUCAAAAAAUUGGCGAGACAAAACGAACCACUCCUGUUGAGACUCUUUGUGAGGGGCACCCGGAAGAAAUGGCUACAUAUUUACGCUACGUUCGCCGAUUAGACUUUUUUGAGACACCUGAUUAUGAAUAUCUCCGCCGACUAUUUAAGGAUUUGUACAAAGAAAAGGGUUAUGCCGAUGAUGGAGUUUUCGACUGGUCAGACCGAUUAAUUUGGUUGAGUGGCCGUGAAAGGAAGUUCAGUGAUACAAAGUAUUAUUUCAGCAAGCAUAUUACACCCAGCGCUCAGAGCGAUGGCUGACACCGCCAUCGGCGACUGCGCUCGUCAAAGACUAAAGCAUAUCCGCAUUUUGUAACAGUUUUAUUAAAGUAAACGACCUAAGAACAA